AUCUAUCUCCCUCUAAUCAAUUAAUCUCAGUAUCAUUCAAUUCCUGUGUCUGUCUGUCUCUCUGCCUGCCUGUGAUCUCUCUCUCUCUCUCUCUCUAUGGAGAAUUAAAAGAAAAAAGAAAAUGAAGAAGAUGAAUAUGAUGAUGAUACUGAGGAAGUGCAAGAGCUUGUCAAGGCAAUUGGGGAGAUCUUCAUCAUAUAGCAGUCUAAGGUCGAAAUCCGCAAGAGGUGGUGAUCAUAUAUGGGAAGAUGAUCAUGAUGAGCAUGAUGAUGAUGAAACUACUAUAUUUGUGGGAAGUACGAGAAAGCGGUACGUGAUUAGUUCCAAGUACCUCACCCAUCCUCUUAUAACUGCUCUCAAGCAAAAGCCAAACGCAGGGGAUCAUCCGGAGAAUGUUUUGGUGCUCAACUGUGAAGUCGUUCUCUUUGACCAUCUCUUGUGGAUGCUUCACAAUGCCGACCCAAUUCUCACCUCCGACUCCUUUCAGGAAUUGGCUGACCUCUAUGUUUCCUCAUCUGUUUAAUUUUCUUCCAUCUUCGAUCUUAUACUUCAUUGGGAUUCAUGAAUUAAUUCACCUGCGCCGCGUAUUCAUUA